GGAGUUUUCAAAUCAGUCGCUGCAACUUGAAAAAACGGAUCAGCAUCUGCAGCAACUCCGACAAUGGCGACUGUUGGGAAGGAAACGGUGAUUGUCGGUGUGGACGAGAGUGAAUCCAGCAUGUACGCACUGGACUGGACGCUCCGGCACUUUUUUAGUCCUUUCGCCUCGAAUCCUCCGUUCAAUCUCGUCAUCGUCUACGCCAAGCCACUCCCUUCCGCCACCGUCGGCCUCUCAGGUCCUGGGACCGCAGAGGUUUUGAGGAUCAUUGAAGAGGAUUUGAGGAGGAUGGCUGAGAGAGUCGUGGAAACGGCCAAUCAAAUUUGCAGGAAUAAAUUAGUGACCGAUGUAGUAAUAGAGGUCGUACAAGGAGACGCAAGGCAUGGUCUCACUGAAGCUGUAGAAAGACACCGUGCUUCUCUUCUCGUUGUUGGCAGCCAUGGUUAUGGAGCUAUAAAGAGGGCGCUGCUUGGAAGUGUGAGCGACUACUGUGCACAUCACAUUGGGUGCAGUGUGACAAUUGUGAAAAAGCCGCAUGCUUAAAAAAAGCUUAUAAGCCCACAAAAAGCUAGUCACUUGUAAUUACUGAAUAAGCCCCCAAAAGGUGCUUUUAAUUAUAUAUGUUAAUUAAGCCCGUUUUAAGCUUACUUAACAAUUAAUUAGAAAGGUUAUUCUAAUUAAUUAUAUGUGUAAAUAGUGGUUUUGUAAUAAUCUCUUCCAAGAAAGGUAUAUUCUGUAGCACGUGUUGGUUUGUAAUCGUUGGAAGGAAUAAAAUAAUUCCAGUGUUAAAUUC